AAACUGAAGCAAGGAAAAUCUGUAAAAAGUAUCCACCAAUCUUCGCAUGCAACCGCCACCAGCACAAACGCAGCAAAGCAGCAGCGGAACAGCAAACAGCAAGAAGCAAGGAAGAAGAGAAGAUGGCGCUGCGAGAAGUGCGCAUGUGUGAGUGGCGGGAGCGCGAUGACGCCUCGCUCGCCACUGACACGGCUGGCAUGACCACGCUUGUCAGCGGUGGAACCACGCGCCACCUCUUCUGGAAAGUACAGGGCACGCGAGUGCUGCUGCAAGACCAGUGUCAUGAUGUGGUUGCGCAGGAUGCAGAGAAGAACAUGGAGGACAUCAACUACUGCGACUUCAACGCUGGCGACGAGAUUGUGCCUGACAUCUCAAUUCUCAAUGUCGACAACACGCUCCUCGUCAUCUUUGUCACUGCGUCAGGCACCUUGUACCGUCUCCAGUUCAACACGAGCAACAUGCACACGGAGCCAUACCUGACAGAGUGCACACACAUGGUCACCAACACGGGCUGCGCAAAUGUGGCACGUGUGGAUGUUGACGAGCACAUGCUUGUGCUGCUCACGUCGGAGGGCGCGCUGUAUCUCGUCGACGCAACUGGCGACCAGCAGGCCAUCCCGCUCUUCCAACCAGCCAUCAUGCAACGGUUCCUGAGCUUCUUCAGGACAUCUCAAGCUGGGGAGCCGCAGGGCGACGCAGCACAGGCAGCGACAUCAUGUUUUCACAACGGCACUCACGUCACGCUGAGCGUUCACCACAACCACACCCUUCGCAUCAUCACCACCUGCGAUGACAAGGCUGAGGUGCAGUCGACGCUGGCCAUCCCGGAUCUGACGGAAAUUGAUGACACGGAGGCCAUCGCGCCAGAGAACUACCUGCUUGACAAUGUGCUGCUGCAGGGCGACCGGCUGCAGGUCGCUCUCUACGUCUCCGCCGGCGACGCCAGCCAGGUUGUUGUGCUGAUUGUUGAUCUGCAGGACGGGAUGCGCGUCUCCGUCGAUCGCCGUAUUCUCGGCGCUCCGGCUGCGGUUGAGUCGCUUGCAGUUGGCUUGUCGGAGGUGGCGAUUAUGGCCACCACACGCGACGACGACGAUGUCCUCACAACGCACUGCGCAGUCUCGUCCCUCAGCUCUGCCUCUCUCCGGCCCUGGACGCCCGUGUUCAAGGACACUGUGCUCUCCACUUCCCUCGUCAUUCCCCCGUUCCUGAGUGCACGGGAGGUGUAUGCGGACCACAUCCUGCACGGCGCGGCGUUCAGCCAGACGACGCUGGCGACGGCGCUGUGCACGCGAUCCGACCUCACGGCGGACAUUGUUGCCGAGAUGUCCCUCCCAGAGAUCAAGGACGCCCUCGUGCUCGCUGUCGAGGACCACGUGCGGAUUGUGCUUGCUGCGGACACCAACACGGCUGUUGAGGCGCGCGUGUAUCAGGAAAAGGAGGCUGAGUGCUGGCAGACCCUUCUCCACACAUGUGUCCAGCUCGAGGAGCGCCAGCACCGCGGCACGGGCAUCCGCUUUGACGUCGCAAACGACUGCCUAUGCUUCUUCACACAGGCUGACGUGCGGCUACUGGUGCCGUGCCACCCGCUGGAGGACCUCUACUUCCGCACAGACAUCCUCGUCGAGGAAAUGCCCUUUGAUGAGGGGACGGCGGCCAAGUAUCCGUCGUCGACGCGAAAGGACGUGCAUCUUCUCAUGCGCGCAGCACACGACAUCAGCGACAUGCUGCCUGCUGAGGUGACGAGCUCGUUCAUCAAAGGACCGAUGCGUGCGAGCGAGGCGCUGGCCCGCGGGCUGCUGGACGGCAGCGCCCUCCCCGCCGCCACAGCUGUCAUUGACGACGUGGAGGCCGGAAACGCAACCCUCGACAUCAAGAUGCAGCUUGCACCAAAGCUUCGCGGUAUCCGCGACAUUUCUGGCGCCGUCUCCCACGUCAUCCACGCGCUGAAGCUCAGGGCCCAGCCCGCCCUCGACGCAGUUCGCACGUCUCUGUCGUCGCCAGCAGCGAUUCGCAUCAUCUCAAGGCGCUGUGCGCAGCUGGUGGAGACGCUCGCCCUCCUCUCGCGUGACAUUCUCGUCACCGCCCACAUCGCCAGCGCCACCCGGGACCUCGCCCUGAGCGGGCACAAGCGUUUCAGGGAUUUGCCGCGGCUGUUGCGGGAGCUGUGCCAGCUGUGCAGUGCAUACACGCGCGUGCACUGGUGCUGCACAACCAUUGCAGACCAAGCAUCGGACACCACGCUGUUGCAACGCGUCAUGGAAAUGAUGACGCUGGCUGACAGGCACCGCGGUGCAUUUGCGCCCAUGGACACGGAGGCUCAGCGCCGCGAAGACCGGUGCGCGUCGUUUGUGCGGGGCGUGCCGCACUGGUCCCCGCGUGCCCAGAGCGACUGGCUGCGGCUUGGCAUGAUGAUGGAGGCUGCCAGCCGCAUUGUGCUCUGUGCCGUUGCCAGCGACCUCCAGUCCACCACCGCAGACACCGCACCGCACUUUGCAUUUGAGGGUGCGGACGGUGCCACCAGCGACACCACGUCUGGGGCGUGCGCGCUGCUUGUGUCGCGGUCGCUGCUUGCGCGGGAGGAGCUGUCGCUGCUGCGGGACUACACGACGGUCGUCGGCGCCGGUGCUGUUGAUGUUGGCGACGACGCGUACAAGCCCACGCCGGCCCUCGCCGCCCUCCUCACAUACACCGCAGCCCUCGCCCACAUUGAGACGCGUGCCAUCAGCAAAGGCGUUGCACUGCUGAAGUCGUGCUUUGCGCAACUGAGUGGCAUCCACCAUGCCGUGCGCGCCAACGCCAUCCGUCUCCUCCCGCCGCUUCAGUUCAAGCUGCCGCAGCACUGCUCGGAUGCAGACAGAGCACAGCUCUUCCUCCUCAGGUUUGUUGAGCACUGCUACCGCGUGCUCGAGCAGACGCUGCCGCCGGACCUCUUCUCCCUCGACGACGAGCUGAAGGCUCAGUACAUGGCCAGGUUCCAAGCCGCCUUUGAGCUGGUCGACUUUCUCCACUUGGGCGUUUCUCUGAUUGAGGCCAUCCAAGACCAGGAGCUCCGCGAUACUGAGACCACAAUCUGGUGGACGCGGCUGUUCAAGUACACGCUGCACCUCAACCUCGUUGAUGACGCAUUCAUGGCCAUCAUGAAUCACAAGGACGAGCCAACCGCAAAGGCCUGCCUCCACCAACUGGUUGUGUGCAUGUAUGCACGGAACCAGCUGCAGCGGCUGGUGCAGCUGCCGUACAACAGCUAUCUCAACGAAGUGAAGCAGAUUCUCCUCCGCCUGGCAAAGACGUGCGACAUUGUGGGCGUUGUGCUCGACGACCAGACAACUUACUACGAGGUCCUGUAUUCCAUCUUUGUGUUCCAGCACGACUACCGCACGGCCGCAGCAAUGAUGGCCGAGUUUGCAGAGCACCUCAACAAGCUUGCCAAGCCGGACGACUUUGAGGCAGCAUCUGUUGUCUUCUCGGCCCAGCGUGAUGCGUACCUGAGUGCAGUGAAUGCAUUGUCACUCGUGCGCCCCGCUGACCGUUGGAUUGCCAUCGAGGCCGUUGACACCAACACCACAGAUGCAACAGCGGGCACACACGACCCAGCAAAGCGCAAACGGCAUGUGGAUGACCUUGAUGAUGAGUCAUCGCCCAACACGACGGCAGCGCCCGCGAUGGACGAGGCCGACGAACAGUGCAGCGGCGCAGCGGUCGCACACACGUGUGUCUUUUCCGUCCAGGACCUCAAACGAAGGUAUGCGCUGACGCAGGCGCACCUUGACCUGCUUGCUGCCAAGUCUGCCACGGCCGUGGCAGCGGAGUACGACGUGCUGCGUCUUCCCUCGGCGGAGACGGCCAUCCGUCUGCUCGCCCACCACAGGCGCUUCGAUGACGCCGCUGCCCUCGCUGUUGCCUUCAACCUCCACUCCAGUGUGGAAGCCAUGGCCCCGAUCUUCGAGCAGCUCGCCGAGCAGGUCAUGACGCUGCAGCUGCAGCCGGACGCCCCCUGCGAGUGGCUUGGCUUUGUGCAGCGCGUGCCCCGCGGCAGUGGUCGUGAUGAUGCGCGCCGUGCACGCGGACAAGUGGCGCCGGGACUCACGGUCGACUACGGCGAGGCGAGUGGCGCGUCGGCGUACGAUCGCGCGUGCGGACUCCUGGAGCGGUUCCUGCGCACGUAUGACUCGCCAGCAACGGCGUAUCGCUUCCACGCCAUUGCCAUCGAUAAGGCCCUCAGCAGUCAGCUCAACCUCGACCCGCACGCACCCGGCGAGCUGCCCGCAUUCCUCACAAGCGGCCUCAUGCGUUUGGUUGAUCGACGCCACAGCAAAGACACGCUUGCGAGCGGGGGCGACCCUGCCCUCCUCAUGCGUCUGUAUGCGCGGCACGACCUGCUGGCCAAGGCCCUGGGCGUGGCGGCGGAGUUGUAUGCAACGGCGCGCCAGUGGGUUGGCGGCUCGAGUGCGCUCAAUGCCGGGGCCGCGCAGGCGUGGGGCGGGCAGCGCGCGCCGACCACGGUAGUGUGUCUUCCGCACAGCGCGGUUGAGGAAGUGAAGGCGCUGGCGAAGAAGGCAGAUGGCAACAAGCAGCCAGAUGUGGCGGCGGCGCUUGAGCAGCUGCAGACGGAGCAGAGGAAAUACGCGCAGCGCCUUGGCGUCGUGGACUCGGUUGCUGAUGCGUUGUGAUGUGACACAAUAAGAGCGGAAGAAACAUUUCGUGUUGCGUUGUUGCGAUUGAGAGGCUGAGAUGAAUAUGUGUGCUGUGUAACAACAGAAUAGACAAUAUGAUGAUGGC